AGAAUAGAACAGAAAAUCGUUAUGCGAAAACUGAAAGCAAUACACACACAGAGAGCGAUCAGAGGCAAAUCAGAGAUCGAAAUCGAAGUGUUCAUUGCUUCUUCUCCUUCUUCUUCUUCCGGGGAAUCAAAGCUUUGAAUCAGUGCCCUCACGUAUAUUGGGUGGUACGGUGUCUCUGGCGUCGCUCGCAAUGGCGACGACCAACUUUUCCGCAUGUCCGGCACCAAUGAAGGCCGUGUCCAACGGGGCCUUCCAACAUGAAAACCCCCUAGACUAUGCGCUUCCUUUGUUGAUCCUCCAGAUAUGCUUGGUGGUCACGUUCACCAGAUGCAUUGCAUUCAUUUGCAAACCCCUCAGGCAACCCAGAGUCAUUGCAGAGAUCAUUGGAGGAAUACUACUGGGGCCAUCUGCAAUUGGACGAAGUGAGAAAUUCUUGGACACAGUUUUCCCAAAGAAGAGCUUAACUGUCCUUGACACACUAGCCAACAUUGGCCUCUUGUUCUUCUUGUUUCUGGUGGGUCUUGAGCUUGACAUGCGUUCCAUCAAGCGCACUGGUCGCAAGGCCUUGUGCAUUGCCUUGUGUGGGAUCUCUGUCCCUUUUGUUUUAGGCAUAGGCACAUCGGUUGUCCUCCGAAAAACCAUAUGCAAAGGCGUUGAGCCUAUCGCCUUCCUCGUCUUCAUGGGAGUCGCGCUCUCCAUCACUGCCUUCCCUGUCCUGGCUAGGAUCCUAGCUGAGCUCAAACUCCUCACUACAGAUGUCGGCCGCAUGGCGAUGUCAGCCGCUGCUGUCAACGAUGUUGCCGCCUGGAUCCUCCUUGCACUGGCAAUAGCCCUGUCUGGCUCCAACUCAUCACCUUUGGUUUCUCUCUGGGUGUUGCUAUCUGGUGCUGCUUUCAUCGUUUUCGCGGUCUUCGUCAUUAGACCUGUGCUUGGAGCUAUGGCGCGGCGUUCCCCUGAGGGUGAACCGGUGAAGGAGCUCUACAUUUGCAUCACAUUGACACUAGUUUUGGCUUGUAGUUUUGUCACUGAUACUAUUGGAAUCCAUGCCCUCUUUGGAGCUUUUGUGGUUGGUAUAAUCAUGCCUAAAGAUGGUCCCUUUGCUGGUGUGUUGAUUGAGAAGAUUGAAGACUUGGUUUCUGGUCUCUUUUUGCCACUCUAUUUUGCAUCUAGUGGAUUGAAGACCAAUGUGGCCACCAUCAGUGGAGGACUUUCCUGGGCACUACUAGCACUUGUUAUCUUCAAUGCUUGCUUUGGAAAGAUCAUUGGCACAGUUGUUGUUUCAUUGUUAUGCAAGGUUCCUGUUAGAGAAUCCCUUGCACUUGGAUUUCUCAUGAACACCAAGGGGUUGGUUGAACUUAUUGUUCUCAACAUUGGAAAGGAUCGCAAGGUACUGAAUGACCAAGCAUUUGCAAUUUGUGUUCUCAUGGCAUUGUUUACCACCUUCAUCACCACCCCAAUUGUGGUAGCUGUGUAUAAACCUGCACGCAAAGGAGCACCUUACAAGCACAAGACAAUUCAGCGCAAGGAUCCUGAGUCCGAGCUCAGAGUGCUAGCAUGCUUCCACAGCACCCGCAACAUCCCCACAUUGAUCAACCUCAUCGAAUCUUCCCGUGGAACCAGAAAGCGCGGUAGGCUCUGCAUAUAUGCAAUGCACUUGAUGGAACUCUCAGAGCGACCUUCAGCCAUCACAAUGGUUCACAAGGCGCGCAACAACGGCAUGCCCUUCUGGAACAAGAAGCAGAAUGAUGAGGAUCAAAUGGUGAUUGCUUUCCAGACUUAUGGAAAAUUGAGCAGUGUCAAUGUUCGCCCCAUGACAGCCAUAUCAGCUCUCAACACCAUCCAUGAGGAUAUCUGCACUAGCGCUCACCAGAAGCGCGCUGCUAUGAUUCUCCUCCCAUUCCACAAGCACCAGCGUAUGGAUGGAACAAUGGAGUCACUAGGACACUCAUUCCAUGUGAUCAAUGAGCUUGUCCUGAGCCACGCUCCUUGCUCGGUCGGAAUUCUGGUUGAUCGCGGUCUCGGAGGUACAAGCCAAGUCCAAGCUAGUGAACUUUCCUUGCAGGUUGUUGUGCCUUUCUUCGGAGGACGCGAUGACAAUGAAGCGCUUUCUUACGCGAUGAGAAUGGCUGAGCAUCCUGGGAUUAUUCUCACUGUGGUGAAGUUUGUGGCUGUGCCUGGGAAGACAUUGGCUUUUGGUGCUAAAUUGGUUGGGGUAACAUCAGACAAGAACCAAAAGGUAGCAAUAGAGGAGCUUGAUGGAAGUAGCCAUGAUGGUAAUAAACAACAACAGGAUGAACAAUUGUGGAAUGAGUUGUUGAGUGCAAGCAGCAACAACAAUGAGUCAAUUAAGUAUGAGGAGAGGCUUGUGGAAAGCAAAGGGGAUAUUGAGACAGCAUUGAAGGAAAUGAGCAGGAGCAAUCUGAUUGUUGUUGGUAGAAUGCCACCAGUAGCACCUUUGACUAACAGAAGUGAUUGUCCUGAGCUUGGACCUGUGGGAAGCUACAUGGCUUCUUGUGAUUUCUCCACUACUGCUUCAGUUUUGGUUAUUCAGCAGUAUAACCCCACAACCGAUAUUCAUCCACUGGUGAUGGAGGAAUCUGAUAUCCCAGAAGUGCCUGACACACCAAGGCAUUAUUAAUGUGUGGAUCAAAUUCAUUGAAAUUAGACAAGGUCAAAACAUUGAAUUGAGUUGAAACAAACAGAUGAAAGAAACAUCAGUUUUAUCCUAUUUUAUAGCAUUGAAAUUA